GCCAUCGCGCACCAUCAACCAACGACAGCCAGGGAUCACAAUUGAUCGCGUAUAACCUGAUCGAUAAGCCGAAGUACACAACACAGACCUCACACACGAUGCUUCGAUCAUUAGCGACGCGCCUCCCGCGGCGCGUGGUCGCCUCUUCAUCGCCCCUUCUUACCACCACCUUCCGCCCCUCUACCUCUACGCCCUCCUCCCGCCGGGGACUCGCGACGAUCAUCGAAGCCAUCCCAAAAGAGCCGACAGACCUCGAUGCCAUUACGACCCUCCCAAACGGCCUGCGCGUUGCCUCGGAAGCGCUACCGGGUUCCUUCUCCGGCGUAGGCGUCUAUGUUGACGCCGGUUCCCGGUACGAGGAUGCCGGCCUGCGGGGCGUCAGUCACAUCAUGGACAGGCUGGCGUUCAAGUCGACGGGCAGCCGCAGCGCAGACGAUAUGCUCGAGUCCGUCGAGGCUCUCGGUGGUAACAUCCAGUGCGCGAGCUCAAGGGAGAGCAUGAUGUACCAGGCGGCGACGUUCAAUGGCGCCGUGCCGACGACGAUUGGGCUGCUCGCUGAGACGAUUCGCGACCCGAAGCUCACUGAGGACGAGGUGCUUGAGCAGCUCGGCACCGCCGAGUACGAAAUCAAGGAGAUUUGGAGCAAGCCGGAGCUUAUUCUGCCCGAGCUCGUUCACACGGCUGCCUUUAAAGACAACACGCUCGGCAACCCCCUGCUGUGCCCCGAGGAACGCCUAGGCAGCAUCUCGAGGGAGACGAUCAAGCGGUACAGAGACUUGUUCUACCGCCCUGAGCGUAUCGUUGUCGCGUUUGCGGGUGUCGAGCACACCGAGGCGGUUAAGCUAGCGGAGCAAUACUUUGGCGACAUGCAGCCCUCCUACCAAGAACCUACGCUCUCAAGGACAGGCUCAGAGACCUCCAUCGGCUCCGCGGCCUCAGAAUCAACGGACGCAUCCUCCUCCGCCUCAGCCUCUUCCUCCCCCGUCCAACAACCCUCAAAACUCCUCUCCAAAGUCCCCUUCUUCAAGAACCUCUCCACUUCAGCACCAACCAACGCCUCCGUCCAAAGCGGCAGCGCAUCUCAGCUCUACGGCGUCAACUCACCAGCCCACUACACCGGCGGCUUCCUCUCCCUCCCGCCCCAACCCCCGUCCCUGAACCCGAACCUCCCGACCUUCACCCACAUCCACCUCGCCUUCGAGGGCCUCCCCAUCUCCUCGGACGACAUCUACGCCCUCGCGACCCUGCAAACCCUCCUCGGCGGCGGCGGCUCCUUCUCCGCCGGCGGGCCCGGAAAGGGAAUGUACUCCCGCCUCUACACAAACGUGCUCAACCAGCACGGCUGGGUGGAAUCCUGCGUCGCCUUCAACCACUCCUACACCGAUUCCGGCCUCUUCGGUAUCUCCGCCAGCUGCAUCCCCGGCCGCACGGCGAGCAUGCUCGACGUGAUGUGCCGCGAACUCCGCGCCCUCACCCUCGACACGGGAUUCUCGGCCCUGAAGCCGGCGGAGGUGAACCGCGCCAAGAACCAGCUGCGCUCGAGUCUGCUCAUGAACCUCGAGAGCCGUAUGGUGGAGCUCGAGGACCUGGGUAGGCAGGUGCAGGUCCACGGGCGCAAGAUCCCUGUCACAGACAUGUGUCGCAAGAUUGAGGCGUUGACAGUCGAGGACCUCCGGCGCGUGGCGCGUAUUGUUGCCGGCGGGUUGGUGGACAACCCGGGCCGGGGCAGUGGGGCGCCGACGGUUGUGUUGCAGGAGGCGCAGGCGCAUGGGGUUAGUACGCAUACUAUCGAAUGGGAGGCGAUUCAGAAUACGAUUUACGACUGGCAGUUGGGCAAGCGGUAAGGCUGCUUGCUUGGUGCUGUUUGUCGGCUAGGGAUGGUUUGUCUCGAUAGAUUGUAGCGAACGGCGGGCUGUGUGGGAAUAGAGAUGGCGAACCAAGGAAGCGGCCAUGAUUGUAUCAUAGAAAAGAAAAGAAAGAGUUUGAAAGGGGUUGUGUGGGGGUGAAGUGUAAAAAGUAUUUAAUGGCUUGGCUGGGCAAUUAUCGAACAAGAGAUGAUUUACACCGGGGGCGCAAGUUUGUGUUCUCACAGCAGCAGUGUAGGAAAGGAUAUCCCCUUUUUUAAAAACACGAAGAAAACCAUAUCAUACCUCUUCCUGCUCGGGGAAUAAAACUCAGUGGCCAUUAGCACUAGUCAAGUAUACCAUGACAACGGGAACUGCGGAUAGUUGUUUGAAUAGUGU